AUGCAACUCACAGCUCUCUUUGCUGGUCUUUUGUCCUUGUCUCCUCUGUUCCUCUCUGCGAACGGAUGUGCGGACCACCUGAACCGACGACAGGAGGAGAGUGCUCAAGCAUUCUCAGCCGCCAAAUUCCCGGAUAUCCAAAAAAUCCUCGCGGGAAACAAGGAAUUUCAGAACACGAGGAAUGCCACCCUCAUCCAGGACCUCGUUGACAAUGGACAAAAACCACCCGUCAUGAUGAUUUCCUGCUCGGAUAGCAGGUUACCCGAAGCGAGUGUAUUCAACUCUGAGCCCGGUACCUUCUUUAUGCAACGCAAUAUCGCAAACCAAUACAAGGUUGGUGACGAGGGUGUGCAAAGUGCUAUGGCCUAUGGCAUCAAUGUCCUAGGUGUCCAACACCUCGUCGUGCUCGGCCAUUAUGGAUGCGGUGGUGUGGCCGCGUCCAUCGCCACGCCCCCCAAGGCACCAAUCUCUGUGUCCUCCAGCAUCGUCAACACUUGGAUCUCGGAUAUUCGUACCAUCUACCUCACUUCUGAACGUGCAGAGAUUGUCGAGAUGCGCACGAGGAAUCUAGAAAUCGAGGCCAACGGCGGAACCGUCGAGGAGCCCACCAUCAGGGAACCUGGAUUCAGAGCCUUGGUCGAGGAAAACGUCAAGCUCGGUGUCCAACGCCUCGCAACCAGCAGCGUCUACAAGAACCUCGUUGGUGACGUCGAAACCAGGCUAAACACAGAUGGCACCCCCAAAUCAGAAGCCCGCCGCCGCAAGAGGUCCGCUCAAGCUGCCGAGACUCCAGGACAAGAGGAGACUGCCACCGAGGAAGAGGCCACCCUCAAGCCCGUCUUCAUCCACGGUUGGGUCCACGACCUCGAGACCGGAGAAGUCCUCGACUUGAACGUCUCUGUUGGUCCUCCAGGAUUCGAAAACUUUGUCCCUCCUUCUAACGGUGAGGGUGAGACUCCUACUCCCUCCGAGAGCGAGACUCCGGCUGCUUCUUCGACUGCCAGCGAGGGUGCCUCUGAGACCUCUUCGUCUGAAGCUGCUUCUUCUACGUCGGAGGAAGCCGCCGCCUCUUCCACCUCUGCUGCAGAGGGCGCUACGGAAACCCCAGCAACUGGCGAAACCGAAACCGAAACCGAAACUCCUGCUAAUGUCGGCGAGGGAAAUACCAGCAAUAACACUUCGAAUGGUGAUGUGAAGGUUCAUGGACCAAGUUCACAGCCUGCUCGUCGCCGAAGCAAUAGCCGUGUCAUGAGGCGCGGUGAUG